GAGGCACAGCCUGCCGCCGUCGCUCUUGCCGCACCGCCUCCUUUGCUCUCGUCGGGUUCAGAUCAUCGAAGCUAGGGGAGAGAUCUCGCCGGCAAGAGGGAUCGAUAGUCGUAUCUCCCCUCGGACGAGCAGUGGAGGACGGCGACCAAACCGUUGGUGGCGCCGCCGUCAGCAAGCUACACCCAGGCAGGGCGGCGAUGGUGACUAGUCCUCGAUUCCUCAUAGCGGAUGCUCCUUGUGGAGGACUACCAGGUAUUUCAGAAGUGUAGAACGGAGUGGGUGGCGAGAGAUUGUGUUGAUCAACAGGUUUAGAGCUCUCGUACGCCUGCGGUAGCUCUAACAAGCAAGCUGGUACUAGUAGCUUUGGGUUUUGGUGGCGAUGGAUGGUGAUAGCUCUAAUAAGAGACAAGGAGAAGCUCAGCCAGAGGGCCAGGACAAUGCCAAGAGGCAGAAUGUCACCAUGGGGAUGGAUACCCUCGACUGCCGCAUCUGCUCUCAGCCCCUCGAGCCUCCCAUUUUCCAGUGUCCUAAGGGCGAUUUCAUCUGCUCGCCCUGCCAUGACAAGCUCCCGGAAAACGAGCGUACUGCUUCUCAGCGCAGCUACGGCAUGGAGCGUGUCGUCAACAGCAUUUUCGUUCCCUGCAAGCAUGGAUGCACCACAAAGAUCACCUAUUACGAGAAGGAAGAACACGAGAUGGGGUGCCCGAGAGCGCCAUGGCUCUGCCCGGUCUCUGGCUGUGGCUUCGCUGGUUUAUCCACGCCGCUCCUGAACCAUCUCACCACCUUCCACAAGUUGCCAACUAAAACAUUCAAAUACUUCACACCGUUUGAUAUGCAAGUCCAACCGGGAUCUCACGUUCUCCGUGGUGGAUAUGGUCAUCUCUUCCUGCUCGAAGUGGCGUCGCUGGAGUCCCUCGGCCAUGCAGUCUCACUCGUUUGUGCCGAGCCCAAGACUUCGUUGCUACCUAUCAGAUGCUCCAUCGGUUUCUCGUGCUUCGAAGGCCAUUACCAGGUCUCAUCGUUGCUUGUUGGACACGUUGGAAGCUCGCCAUUGUCUGAUGGGUUGCCAGCGCAAUGCUUCUGUAUUGUUCCCAAGGUUUCUGGUGGACAACAAACCAAUGCCGUGCUCCGGAUUACCAUAGGUUUAUUGUACGAUCACCAUGAAGAGCUGGAGGAGGAAGACAGUGACGAUGGUAGCUACAAUGUGGAUGAGGAUGACAACAUGACGGCAACGUGGAGGAUAGGGAUCACAGAGGUGGUGGUGGAGGAUGGCGACGGCGCUGGCUAUGAGGAGGAGCAGGACCCUGAGAAGUUGGUGGAUGAUGAUACGACGAUAACAAUAACAGCUAGGACAAGAUGGAUGAUGACAGUGACGAAAGAGGAGGAAAAGGCAGACGAGAAGGAUGAUGACGUGGACGAUCACAAUGGUGAUUGAUGUGUCGGUGCUGCGGCUCAAUGAGAAUGUCUAUGGUGUCUGCGUGCUUUUGAGCAAGAUCUUGGUUAUUCAGUCUGCUUACUCGUGUAGUCAUGCUCUGAAUUAUGCAGUACUCUGUUUUUUCUCCUUUUUUUACACAGAAAGCACCUCUUUAUUUAUCAAAAUUAUAGUUACUCUGUUAGUAGCGUGGUUAGUCAGUCGUCAACUUGGUCAUGUAAGAAGUAUUCCAUAUCUUCAUUGCCUGAAUCAUGAUUCUGCUACUACUUCCAUAUGUUCAUUGCGGACUGUAAGAAAUAUUCUGAGAAUUA